CAGCUGCACACCGUUCAUGUACAUAGGUCAUAAGAAUCAGUCUGCAGCAAUAUUUACAUGUAUGCAGGUUGCAGGGCCAGCUCAGCUCUGUGUGCUAUGCUGCCUGCAUUCUCUAUAUACUCCUCUAAACAGAGCUUUCAUCUGCUCUCAUAGCAAAAACGUUACCCUUCCUGCUGUCCACAAAUUGCUUAUAGCAAUGCAGGGCAAAGGAUAGGUCCUCCCUCCUUCUCCCAGUGCUGCAACAUGAACAUACCAGGAAAGGCUUGAGAAGUGUGGUAACUUACAAGUGCUGACUUCACAGAGGCAGAAGAACUCACUGAAUUUUCUAAGAAAGGGGGAGGAACCUGGAAAUCCCAGAGAGAUGAGAGAUGCCUUCCAUAGAAAGUAAUGAAGACCUCUGGAUACAACAUAUUACAUGGGAGAGAGAAGGGAUGUUUCUGAAAUAUUUCUGAGACUCCAUCAACAACAAAAAUUAAUGUCUGAGGAAACUACAGUUGACAGAGUAACUUGGCAGCAGGAAAGCUGGCAACAUGAGUUGGAGUUUUUUGACACGGCUUUUAGAGGAAAUCCACCACCACUCAACUUUUGUUGGCAAGGUCUGGUUGACUGUUCUUAUUGUCUUCCGUAUUGUAUUGACCGUUGUGGGUGGAGAGUCCAUUUACUAUGAUGAGCAAGCAAAGUUUGUGUGCAACACAGAACAGCCAGGCUGUGAAAAUGUAUGCUAUGAUGCAUUUGCCCCCCUUUCCCAUGUACGCUUCUGGGUUUUCCAAAUUAUUUUGGUGACCACACCAUCACUUUUGUACUUGGGUUAUGCUGUUCAUAAAAUUGCCAGAAUGGAGGAAAACAAUGAAUAUGAUAAGAAGACAAAACAAAGACCAUUUCCAAUACGUUGGAAGCAGCAUCGUAGUCUAGAGGAAGUAGAGGGUGAUAAUGAAGAAGACCCUAUGAUGUACCCAGAAAUUGAGCUAGAAAGUGGAAGGAGACAACAAGAAUUUCGUAGCAAAUCUAAACACGAUGGGCGUAGGAGAAUCCAAGCUGAUGGGUUGUUGAGAAUCUACGUUCUGCAGUUACUUGUUAGAACACUUUUUGAAGUUGGUUUUCUAGCUGGGCAGUUUUUCUUGUAUGGAUUUGAAGUUAUUCCAAAAUAUGAGUGCAGUACAGUGCCUUGUCCUCACAAAAUAGACUGCUUUGUAUCUCGUCCCACUGAAAAAACAAUUUUUCUGUUGAUCAUGUAUGGAGUCAGCUGCCUUUGCCUAUUUCUGAACAUGUGGGAGAUGCUCCACCUAGGUUUUGGAACCAUACGUGAUGCAAUUAAUACAAAAAGAAAAGAAGUAGAUGAUUCCUCCACAUAUAACUACCCUUUCACGUGGAACACCCCAUCAGCUCCUCCUGGCUACAACAUUGCAGUGAAACCAGACCAGAUAGAAUACACAGAACUUACAAAUGCCAAAAUGGCAUACAAGCAGAAUCGGGCUAACAUUGCUCAGGAGCAGCAAUAUGGGAGUAGUGAGGACAACAUUCCUACCAGCCUUGAACUCCUGCAACGUGAAAUACGAAUUGCUCAAGAUAGGCUGGAGGUGGCCAUACAGACCUAUAACAGUCAAAACAAUAUAGUCAGAGACAAAAAAGUCAAGAAAGGUUCCAAGCAAAGCAGUGUCAGUAGCAGAUCCAUAGACGGAAAAACCUCAGUUUGGAUUUAAUCCACGAACAAGGUUUAUGAUUGCUUGUCUCUAGCAGGAAUAGUCACCUGAGGAGUAACUUACAUGUGAAUACAUAAUGAUGAUUCUUUUAACUUUUGAGACACAGCUGAUGUUGGUUGGAGUUCUGAAAUGGAACAGUCUGUAUCUAAUUCUCUAAAGAUGACCUGUAUUAUCUCAAACAUAUUUUCCAUAUACAGUAACUGAGCAUAGACAGUAUUAUGCCAGUAUUGAUUGUUAAAUACAUGUUUUUUUACAAUG